UUUACUCAAAUGUUAUAAAAGGCCAUAUUUAAUGUGAAUUUCUUCAGUCAAACUUAAACUUUCAGCGAAUACAUAAACUGCAAAAAUUAUCAAUAAAAAUGUUAAUUUUUAUAUAUAUUAUUUUUUUAAUAAAGUAUGUGUCUUCAGAGUCAAUAGAAGUUUCAACAGAUUUGGGGCAAAUACAAGGCACAACUCUUGAAUCGCGUUUAGGUAAAAGCUUUUUUGCUUUUCGUGGCAUACGGUAUGCUCAGCCGCCUGUUGCACAUCUUCGGUUUAAAAAUCCAUUGCCUGUAGAACCAUGGUCUCCAGUUAUUUUUGAUGCAACAAUUGACGGACCAAUGUGUCCACAAAAAAAUGAAGAUAAAUCAGAUUUAUCAGAAGAUUGUCUUCGCUUAAACGUAUACACCAGAGAUUUAAAUGCUUCUAAGCCAGUGGUUGUAUACUUGCAUCCGGGUGGAUUUUAUGCUGUAUCCGGUCAAAGUAAAAAUUUUGCGGGUCCCCAAAAUUUAAUGGAUCGCGACAUUGUUUUUGUAACAAUGAAUUAUCGUUUAGGUACGUUGGGAUUUUUAGCUACCGGUAAUGAGGAUGCGCCCGGUAAUGCUGGCUUAAAGGAUCAAGUGAUGGCUUUACGUUGGAUACAGAGUCAUAUAAAAAAUUUUGGUGGCGAUCCAAAUUCAGUGACCUUAUUUGGUUAUAGUGCUGGUAGCCUAAGUAUUGGUCUCCACAUGUUAUCUCCAAUGGCAAAAGGUUUAUUUCAUCGCGGCAUAGCAAUGAGUGCAUCACCACUAUCGCAGUUAAAUUAUGAAUACUAUGGAAUUGAUUUAGCAAACAGACAAGCACAGCUUUUGAAUUGUACAACAAAUUCAGUAAAGGAACUAACGGAUUGUUUGAAACAAAAGCCAAUGUUGGAUUUUGUAAAUUCAAUGGAUGAUAUGUUCGAUUUCAAUGGACAGCCAAUUCUAAAUUGGAAACCAGUAAUAGAAAAAGAUUUCGGACAAGAGCGCUAUUUAAUUGAAGAUCCAUACAAAACAAUGCUAAGUGGAAAUAUUUAUAAAGUUCCUCUAAUAACAGGGAUUACUGAAUUGGAAUUCAUGUAUACAGCGUAUUUCACUUUAAUCAAUGCCACAUUAACUCAAUAUUAUAAUGAUAAUUUUGAAAAAUAUGCACCGAUUGCUUUCCUGUACGAACGAGGCACGCCAAAAUCUAUGGAAAUCAGUAAAACAUUACGUUCGAAAUAUUUAAGAAAUGAAACUUUACGUUUUCCUGACUCUCUCAAAGACUUUGGAAAACUUUUUAGUGAUGCUGUUAUCGGAUUUGGGUACCACCGCUUUUUGACAUUGGUAUCACGCUUUGUACCCGUUUACACAUACAUCUUUACAUAUAAAGGACGUUAUAGUAUAUUUCGGGAUGCACAAAACCAAACUUACGGUCCUGUACAUCAUGAUGAACUUUUGUAUCUUUUACAUGUACCAGGUUUAACACCCAUGUUUAAAGAAACUGAUGUGGAAAACGACACAAUUGAACGUUUGACAAGAAUGUGGACAGAAUUCGCUAAAAAAGGUGAUCCUAACAACCACGAAGAUCAAUUUUUGAAAAAUUUAAAUUGGACUCCAUAUACUGCAAAACAAAAGGAGUAUUUGGAUAUUGGAACAGAGCUUGUAACAAAAACCGGUGGUAUAUAUCAAGACCGGUAUAAAAUUUGGGAUGAAUUAUUUCCUAUAAUUGAAUAAGUUUUUAAAAUACAUCAAAAGUUUUAAAUGUCUAAAUAGAAAAAUAAAAUAAAAGUU